GAAAAGUGGUUCGAGUGACUGAACGUGGCACUGCUAUCACUCCUGUCAGUGAGAACAGGAAGCUGAGGCUCACACUGACAGACCUGGCCAGCAGGAGAUGGAGAAAGAUCUGCUCAGAGUUUAAAGAGGAUCCAUCCUGCCUGGAUCGGCUCUGCAACCCUGUUGAGAUCCAACCAACCAAAAUAUGAUUUUUUGUCAUUUUUCAAAUGAUCUGAAACUUUUGACUGUAUCUGCAAAUCAAGAACCUCAAGACCAGACAAAAUGAUGUCAUGAGGGUCGCUGCAGUGACACGGCUGCAGGGUGGAGAGCGCCAGGGCGAUGAGUCCCGCCUACCUGCUGUUUAACUGGUCCCAUUUGAAAUAACUUAAAAUGAUAAAAAAUAUGUAAAUGAGGAACUUUAAUACCUGAAUACAGGUUUGGCACAUAACUAGAGAAGAUUUUUUAAAAUAGUGUUUUAAAGACAUUAUUUUUGUUCUUAAAAAUCACUCUAUGUGAUCUCAGCAAAUUAGGAACCAGUGUUGGCAGCCUGCGCCAUAAGUACCCACCCAUCACGAUCCUCACUCAGAAGUUCCUCUUUCAUAGAAACGCCGCUGCCGUCGCUCAGACGUCUGCAGAGAUGCUGCUCUACGUCUGCUUUCUCCUGUGUGUCCACAUCUGUCACAGCGCUGCAGACCUGAAAGCAGCGGCUGAGACCAUAAACUCAUCGGGGAAGUGCUGACUAAGCUCAGAGAGCAGCAGAGCAGGACUGUCCUGUUCUCAGACUAUCUAUCUAUCAGACCAGAGGAUGUCGCCCCCUGCUGGCAGUACUAAGAAUGCAGGUUUAAAAGGCUUCAGCAUCCAGGCUGUAACAUCUGAUGAAGUGGUUUUAAUUUAAAAAAGAAAAAUGAAAAGAAACAUAACUCCAGCCGUCCAUUUUUCCACUGCUUACUGGGUUCAGGUUGCAGGGCAGGACUCUGAGCAGAGGAGCCAAUGGAGUCAGUCCUCCUGUGGGGCUCCACCCAUGGCCCAACUGUAGGUGGCUGAGAGAUAACAGCUAGAUACAGCUGGGCAAUGGAACCAAUUUCCUGCAGUCGCCCUGGGCACGAGGCGGGGGGCUGGUGUUCCUGUAUCCCCUCAGUCCAUGAGAGAGUUGCUUCCCUGCAGCUCUGGGUCAGGGUCCUGACUGCUAUUUACCAAAUGCAGUUCAGAUUACCUACGUGGUGUCACCUGGUGGGGUGGGACUCCAUCGUUCUGCUGGGAGACUUCAACGCUCAGGUGGGCAUUGACAUAGUUGGGCGGAGCCUGCCUGAUCUGAACCCGAGGGGUCUUCUGUUUCUGGACUUACAUGCAAAUCCCAGUUUGUCCAUAAUGACCAUGACGAUGUCCACAGGCACUGGGAGACUGGGGACACGAGUCCGGGUGCACCUCCACUCCUGGAAGGAGCUGCAGCUCACGGUGGUUUUAACCCCAGAACCAUAAUGACAUCAUCAAAGAGAGACCAGCUUACACGAUCCUGCUGACUCUGACUGUGGAUCACUUCACUGGCACAAUUCACAUAAACUUAUUAAAGCAAACUAAACACACUUCAUUUCGUAUUAUAGGAGAUAAAUUCAGGUUGUAGGUUUUACUAUGAGCUCUGUGCUGAAAGGGCGCCAGAGGACGUCUGCCGAUGGUCCUUUAAUACACCUGAUAUAUACAUGACAUGCACGACUGACAAAUGCAGCUGUGUCACAGCAGAGUCAUGGAGACUGAACUUUAAAUUACAAAUCAAACAAGCAUUCAUAAUUUUUAUCAUCAGGUCAACAAGUGCAGAGAACUCAAGUCUGUCACCUUCAGAAGCAAAAUUAAUAAAAUGCAAAUAUUUAUAUUUAAAGUAAAGACAUUUAUUUUAAACCACAUCGCAGAGCCGUCCAUCAGGUUCGUACGGAGCUCUGAAGGCUACUUCCUGUCAGAGAGCAGUUUGUUGGUUCGUCAGCCUCCUGAAUCUCAACAACGGAUGCUCCAACUUUUUUAUUUAAAUAAAGCAUAACAGGAAACAACAGACUAAAGACAGACAAAGUGGAAAUGUCCUUUAAAGGUUUAAGAGAUGAAAAUAACUGAAGGGAAGGAAGGCCGGUCAGCGUGGUGUGAAUCAGGAAGCAUCCGAUACAGAUUCAGACAUGUGACAUCAUCAUUUCUGCUUUUUAUUUGACAGGAAUCCCCACAGUCAGCACACAGCAGCACAUGGACGCUGUGCUCACCUGUCCUCAUGCUCAGGGAGAUGUAACCUGGAGCCGAGCUAUAGGAGGCACCCGGGUGACUCUUCUCACCGUCAGUAACGGUCAUGUGAGCAGCAGUUCGGAGCGCUUUGGUUCCCGUAAGAACAACGAGCUGCUUAUCAGGAAUGUUGUAGAGUCUGAUACUUCGAUGUAUCUGUGCAAUGAGAGGAAGACAGCCUAUCUGAAUGUGACCACAGACCCCAGCAUGGUGGAUCAAACAGUCACAGGGAGAAAGGACGACCCUGACCAGAAGGUGCCGGCUGCAGGUGCAGACACAGCUCCUCCCUCAGACUUGUGGAAAGUUCCUGUUGGCGUGCUGGCAGGAGCUGCACUGGUGCUGUUGUCCAUGUUGACUCUGAGACUGUGGAGGGCCGAGAAAGCAGCGAGGGACACGAGGGCGGUGCUCAGCGAGGUGGUUUACGAGGAGAUCGGACACGCUGACGUGGAGCCCGGUCCAACCCCCGAGUCCAAGGUGGAAAACCCGAACUGCUGCUCCGAGGUCAGCGACCAGUCAAACACCUCCACAGCACCUGCUGCUCCUCUGUACAGCAACCUGUGCAGGCCCCAACCUGAAGGACACGACUCCAACACCUGCGUGUAUUACCUUACCCAGAAUCCUCUGCAGAUAGGAAGCAGCUGCCAGAGCUCCUCCUGACUUCUUUAAACCAGUUAUCAUGGGUGAGGGGCGGGUCUGACUGAGACUCCUCCCCUGCGUCCUGCUCCUCUCCGGCUAUCGAAGGACCAUCACCUCCAAAAAUGAACUUUCAUUCAGUCAGACCUGAAGGCAGUAACUGAGACCAUGAACCAAUCAGGAAGCAGUUUACUGAGAUCAGCUCUUUCCUCAGCGACUUCUAUUCAAUCAGAACACAGGAGCCCCUCCCACACGCCCUGGAGAGGCCACUUCCAUCUUUUACAUACAGUCUAAUUAUUUGUACUUUGCUGAAUCAAUUUAUGUACGAAACGUCUUAUAAGAUGAUGAACAGGCUGGAACAGCAGGUGCAGAUCUUUAAUAUUGUGUGUGAAUUUAUAAAAGUGAUUUUUAAAUAAUUGAUGUCAGUUUAUUUCAGAAUCACUGCUCCUCGGAAAGCAAAUAAAUAUAUUCCAGUGUUUGCAAACAUGUUCAUGCAGCUGAUAAUAAACUAAAUCAGCAAGAAA